AUGUCGGACCAAACGCACGCAGUUUUUAACCUUUCCCAGGGGUCUGAUGACUAUGAGUCCCAUAUAAAAGAGAUCCUGUGCUUGCAGUACAACCGUGAAGUGAGUACCCGUCUGAUCACGCACCUACGCAGGGCAAUGUUGACGGGAAAGGUCACUGAAGUUGUGCCUCUCCGCCACAAUAAUGCCAGAGUCUACAGCGUCAGCCUAACCCAAGCGCAAAACUUUCCGCCGCCAUUCAAUGAACGCUUCGGUGCCUCUCCCAUGCCCCCCUUUGCCACAAAGGUCAUCAUGCGCUUCUCCGAUCCGGCGUCGAUGUUGAACGAGGAGAUCCGCGUGCAGAACGAAGUCGCGGUAAUGUCCCUUGCAAGAGAAGUUUUGAAGCAGUAUGAUCCUUCCCUCGUACCCGAAGUCUGUGGCUGGCGCCCCUUUUCCGAAGGGGUUGGAUGGACUCUCAUCGAGUUCACACAAGGUGUUCCUCUAGGCGAUAAGUUCCCCACGCUUGACAGCGAGAAGAAGAGAGAUCUGUUGCGACAAAUCGCCCAAGUCUUGAAGAAUUUCAGAAAUACAAGCCACCUGAGUCUGCCAGAACCUUUGGUGGCCUCAACUUUGGCCCUGAUGGAAGCUUAA